UUCUAGAAAUAUUCUGUAGAUCAAGAUAUUUCUUCUGGGAGUAACCUUAAUGCCAAGAAAAGAUGUGGUCAUAACUAAUACAGAUCGUUUCUAGAAGUAUUACCUUCAAGACAAGAAAUUAUUUCAUUACUGCAAUUCAAUGAGGCUUCCUCUCUUUUAAUGUCACAACUACAAUGAACUAUGUAUCUCUCAAAUAAUUUGGAAAGUGCUUAGUAAUCUCAUUGACUAAUGGAGAAAGCACUAAGUUCAAGUUCUAGUAAUCCUUUGUAUGAGAAGUACACUCAUAACUCAUAUGUCUAUAGAGCUCAUGUAUGCCUUCACCUGCUGCUUUUGCUGAGUUUCUUGAAUUAUCGUUUAUUAUAUUCCCUGGAUGAAUGCUGUGGAGUAAUAGGGUUCAUUGCUUUUUGCUGCGAGAUUUGGUUUUUUUGGAGAUUUAUUCUUUAUCACAACUUGAUAUGGCUGUCAAUUGAAUAUAAAACAUACCCAGAGAGGCUUGCGCGCAGGUAUGGUGGAGAAUCUGCUUCUAACCUUCCUCCUGUGGAUAUAAUUAUCACAACAACUGACCCUUAUAAGGAGCCUCCUAUUAUAACGGCCAAUACUGUGCUUUCAGUGCUUGGAUUAGAUUACCCAGUAGAAAAAAUUGCAUGUUAUGUAUCAGAUGAUGGUGGUUCCCCUAUUACUUUCUACUCUCUGUUAGAAACCUUGGAAUUUGCCAAAAAGUGGGUGCCCUUCUGCAGGAAUAAUAAUAUUGAGUUAAGGAUUCCAUUGUUGUAUUUCUCCAAAACACCCAAGUCCUCGGACCCAAAAUUUCUCCAACAAUGGCAGUGCAUGAAGGAAGAAUAUGAAAGUAUGAAGAAAAGGAUUGCUGAUGCAUUGGAGACAGGACAUGUUACAUUGGAAUCUGUUUCUGAGAACGGUGUUAAUGAUUUUAUGUACGAAAAGUCAGAUGCUAAAAACCAUUCAAGUAUAGUGAAGGUUAUUCAUGAAAACAAAGUGGUCCAAGAAAACGAAGGUCUUGUUCUGCCACACUUAAUAUACGUUGCAAGAGAAAAAAGACCUACGUUCAAUCAUCACUAUAAAGCUGGAGCACUGAAUGUUAUGGCGAGAGUUUCAGGACUGAUGACCAACGCUCCUUUCAUUCUCAAUUUGGAUUGUGAUAUGCAUGUCUGCAACCCAAAAGUUAUUCAACACGCCAUGUGCUUUCAUUUGGAUUGUCCUUCUGAAAGAGAUUGUGCAUUUGUUCAAUUUCCUCAGUUGUUUUAUGAAACUCUUCAGGAUGACCCAUUUGGAAAUCAGUUAAAAUCUGUGUUCAAUAUUCUUUUCAAAGGAAUGAAUGGAAUCCAUAGCCCCGUGUAUGGAGGAACAUGCUGCUUCCAUAGAAGAAAAGGAUUGUAUGGAUUCCCACCGCGAACAUCCCAUGCAGAUCAACAGUAUAGUGAAGAAAAUGAGUUUCAAGAUGAAGCUAUGACAAGUGCAUUUGGAGUAUCUUCUGCUCUUGUAUCAUCUGUUGAGGCCAUUAUGAGAGACAAUGGGUUCCAAAAUAAGUCAUAUCCUUCUCUAGCUAUAGAGGAGGCCUUGAAGGUUGCUAGUUGUAGCUAUGAAGCUAACACUGCUUGGGGAAAAGAGUUGGGAUGGAUGUAUGGAUCCUCUGUUGAGGAUAUCAUGACAGGGCUGAAAAUUCACAGCUUAGGCUGGCAUUCCAUAUAUUAUGACCCCGAGAAGCCUGCUUUCAUGGGAUGUACACCACAGAAUGGUUCAGACAGUCUUGUGCAGUACAAGAGAUGGGCCACAGGAUUGCUAGAAAUAUUGAUAAGCAGAUUGUCCCCUUUCUUGGGUAUGAAUACACAACUCACACUUCGCCAAAGGAUGCUUUAUGCUUAUUUGACCAUGUCUCCAAUCACCUCAAUGGCAGUAUUGGGUUAUGCGUUAUUGCCUGCCUUUAGUCUGUUAAGUGGCAAAUCAUUCCUUCCCAAGGUUGAGGACCCCACAUUUAUGGUUGCAGUUGGUUUAUUCCUUUCAGUGAAUGGAAAUGGGCUUUUUGAAUACGUUAAGUGUGAUUGUUCAGUAAGAGAAUGGUGGAAUAAUCAGAGGAUGGAGUUUAUAGUGAGAUUAUCUUCACGGUUGUUUGCAUUAUUUGAUGUUGUGAUGAAGUUAAUAGGAUUAUCUGAAACAGUUUUUGUUGUAACCCCAAAAGGUGGUGAGAAUGAGGAGGGUGAUGAGGGUGAAUUUAUCUUUAAUUCUUCUCCUUUGUUCAUUCCACCAACUACAGUGUUAUUGAUAAACUUAGCAGCUUUGAUUCAUAGCAGUUUGCAAAUUGUGGAUGGGCAAUGUGAAGUUAAGGACAAGCAAUUUGCCGAGUAUUUUUGUAGCGCUUGGGUGGUAAUAAAUCUGUGGCCCUUCUUGAAAGGGCUGGUCAAGAAGGGUAAGCACGGACUUCCAUGGAGUGUGGUCAUUAAAGCUAGUGUUUUGGCCGUGUUUCUAAGCACGACAUGGCUUGUUUAAGCAUUUCUUUUUUAGCCAAAGUAUUAGACGUACCAAUUGUUAUAUGGGUUCUUUAUGUUUAUGAUAGAUUUUUUUCGUAAUCUUUUAAUUACUUACUUUGUAUAA